CAGUUCUUUCACCUCGGCAAACCCCCCAUCUCGUCUCGUCGAGUAGGAUCCAUUUGGUACUCGUGUUGUGAUACUUGUUGAAAGAUUAUUUCCGGCGAUCUCCGAACUGUCAUCAUCUUCCCUUCGUCGCUGCACAGCUCCCAUGAGUGUCAAGGCGGGUAAGAAAGCUGUGGACAUACUCCUCUUCGGGGCCGGCAGCAUCGGUGCCGUCUAUCUGUAUCAGUUUCAGCGAGCUGGAUGCAGAGUGACGGCCGUAUGUCGUUCGAAUUAUGAUGCGGUCAAGCGUGAUGGCUUCACGCUUAUCAGCAAAAGAUUCGGCAAUGUGCAAUUUCGUCCUGAGUCCGUUGUUCGCAAGGCCGAGGACUGUCCCAAGGAUGUCACGUACGACUUCAUCUUCGUUGCGAGCAAAUCCUUUCCAGGUUCGAAGCCAUCCUUGACGGAUAUGCUGCGACCAGCGAUGCGGCCAGAGACCACCAUCGUGCUUGCCCAGAAUGGAAUUGCUAUCGAGGAUGAAAUCGCACACGUUUAUCCCCACAAUCCUUUGCUCAGCUGCGCGGUGUACAUGCCGGCCACUCAGACAGAUCAAGGAGUUAUUCAUUAUCCGGAAAUGCUGAAUCUUCUGGAGAUAGGGACGUUCCCUGCCCAUGCCCCAGCAUCCCACAAGGCGGCUGCUGCGAGGUUGGCGGAGUUGGUCAUUGCUGGUGGGGGGCAAGCUGAAGUCCAUGAGGAUAUCCAAAUUGCUCGCUGGUCGAAGUUGUUGCUGAAUGGCUCCUGGAAUCCAAUCUGUGCACUGUCAAUGUGCACCGACGGAGACUUUCUGGGGACAUCUUCGCACGCGUAUGAUCUUGUAUGGUCUGUUAUGCUGGAAAUCAUCGCGUUGGCUCGGAAGAUUGGAGUGCCAAACAUUGACGAGAAGGUGGCGGAACAAAAGCUGGCCAUAGCCAAACGAAGAGCAGAAACCGGGCAGGGCAGGGCGAUCAGCAUGCUGCAAGAUGUCCAACAAGGAAGAUUAUUCGAGGUUGAGGCAAUCGUAGGUAACACGGUCCGCCUGGGGAGGCAGCAUGGGGUCAAGAUGCCUCUGACCGAAGCGCUCUACGCUUUGACGAAGGGAAGAUUCGAUGCAAUGGUUCGAGAUCAAGCCGCGAGCAAGAGAUGAACGUCUGUCCAUUUUGUACCUGGCGUCCUUUGUGUGUAACAACACACGGACGCAUCACUUUCCCCUUCCAAACCGGGUGGUUCUCUCCUCCACACCAUCCGGUGAUGUUUCAUUCCCCGAGGACUUUCUCUCCAGCAGAACGACGGAUAAAAUCAGCCGUUCGAUUUUGCAUGCUCAGAAAUGGGCUAUGGCUGCUGUCGACAAUUUCUUGUCUAAUGGUCCUUGUUGAUCCUCUCGCUUUCAAAGCUUCAUUGGCGUCUGCUAUCAUUUUGCGCUGGAAGGGUGCGGGAAUGGCGCCAUCUUUCUCGCAGAUAAGGUAACUUGUCGGUAUCUCCCACCAGCCAACGCCCGCAGCCGAUGGUGGGUUUUGUUUGCUGUGCCAGGAGUGAGGCUUCAGACGUGCACUCCAGCGUGCCGCAUCCUCGCUAGACAAGUCGUUGUAGAAGAGCGUUUCUGGUCCUGGCUCGCCUACAUCGACCAGAUGGCCGGUGCCGUCGAUCUUGUGGAAUGGAGCAGGCUGAUUUCCAAGCGACAUGAUCAGGGAGGUUUGAGGCGGAUAUAAGAAAGAGCACAUAAGCGCAAUUGCGGUGAUGCCAGGGGAUUGUCGGUCAACAAACGAGAAGGCUGCGCUCAAGGCGGGUAUUGCACCAUAUGAAUGAGCAACAAGAACAAGAUCAAUUCCUCCAGUAAGGAUUUUCUCAAUGGCAUCUGAGAUGACCAUGACAUCCGAGUCUGCGUUCGUGUUUGCAGGGUCAACAGGAUCGACGGUG